AUGGCUCAUUUACAUAGAAAUGCACGCCGUCUGCUGGGCUGCGAAGGAAUAUCGGGUUUGAGUCUGCUUCACUCGGCAGCAGGUAAAAAGCUGGGGAUGUUGAGUGCCAGCCUGUCACGUACCAUAGGGAGUGAUGAAGGAGAAGAUGAUACUGAUGAUGAUGUAGAAGAAAUAACUGAAAUUUCAGACACAGAGGAGACGGAGCCGCAUAAAGAAACAUCAAAGCCAAUAAUUAUAAGAGAUCAGCCUACUUUGGUUUCCAAAGCUAGCAAAAGCCACAAGAAGAUGGUCUUAGCAGAGGAGAACAGUCCAUAUUCACUACAUAUACCCAAGAAUUUCAUCUGCGAACACUGCUAUGGGGCCUUCAGGAGCAGCUACCAUCUUAAGAGGCAUUUGUACAUCCAUACAGGAGAGCGCCCAUAUGAGUGUGACAUGUGUGAUAUGAAGUUUAUUCAGAAGUAUCAUCUGGACAGACAUAAACGGGUCCACAGUGGAGAAAAACCGUACCAAUGUGAGCGAUGCCAGCAGGCCUUUUCAAGGACGGACAGACUUCUGAAACAUAAGAGGAUGUGUCAAGGAUGCCACACCAACAUUGCCGAGACAGAAAAUCCUAAGCCUGUGGGAGGAACUUGGCCCUUGAAGACUGAGUUGGACAACACUAAUAUAAGGUAUUUUUUUGAAUGGCGAUGGGUUUCUUUUUUGUUAGCUAAGUUUGCCCUUUUCUUGAAUAUUCAUUGA